CACCGCGAUAUAAGACAAGGCCUAUGGAGAUUCUCUAGAACUUUCUAGACUGCUUCCGUUCCGAUUCGUCAUUCAUUGCUUGGCGAGCUGCUGCUCCCGUAGUAGCGCUUCAUAGGCUGCAACGCUCUUGUGAUCUGCCCGUGGACAUCAGUGUGUAUACUAAAUUAUAAGGAAGCUCGACUACGAUGGUCAAGGAAACCGCCUACUACGACAUACUCGGCGUGAAGCCAAACUGUACGCAAGACGAACUCAAGAAGGCGUACCGAAAACUGGCGUUGAAGUACCAUCCGGAUAAAAACCCCACCGAAGGCGAACGGUUCAAGCAGAUCUCCCAGGCCUAUGAAGUGCUCUCCAAUGCAGAGAAGAGGCGGGUCUAUGACCAGGGAGGGGAACAGGCCAUUAAGGAGGGUGUUGGCAGUGGAGGGGGAGGCUUCUCGGCACCCAUGGACUUGUUUGACAUGUUCUUUGGUGGGGGCAUGGGCCGGCGAAGAGAGAACCGUGGCAAGAACACUGUGCACCAGCUAGCUGUCUCUCUAGAGGAGCUCUACAAUGGAGCCACCAGGAAGCUCUCGGUUCAGCGCUGCACCAUUUGUGACAAGUGUGAAGGUCGUGGUGGCCGCAAGGGUGCAGUGGAGCGCUGCCCCAGCUGCCGCGGCUCGGGCAUGAAUGUGCGCAUCCAGCAGGUGGUGCCUGGUAUGGUGCAGCACAUCCAGACCACCUGCCAGGAGUGCAUGGGCGAAGGGGAGCGCAUCAACCCCAAGGACCGCUGCAAGAACUGCAAUGCCAAAAAGGUGGUGCGCGAGCGGAAAAUCCUCGAGGUCCACAUCGACAAGGGCAUGGAAGAUGGUCAGAAGAUUACCUUCAGUGGUGAGGGUGACCAGGAGCCUGGCCUGGAGCCGGGAGACAUCAUCGUGGUUCUUGACGAGAAGGAGCAUGAAGUGUUCAAGCGCAACCGCACCGACUUGAUGAUGCGUAUCGACUUAACACUGACUGAGGCACUGUGUGGCUUCCAGAAAACUAUCACUACGCUCGACAAAAGGACGCUGGGCAUCACCAACCUGCCCGGAGAGGUGGUCAAGAACGGAUCAGUGAAAUGCAUCCUCAAUGAAGGCAUGCCUCAGUACCGCAACCCCUUUGAGAAAGGCAAGCUCAUUCUUCACUUUGUGGUGAACUUCCCGGAUCGCAUUGACCCCACAAUUGUUGGCAAGCUGGAGGCAUUGCUACCUGCACGAAACGAGUGCAUGAUCCCUGACAAUGCAGAAGAGGUGAUCCUGCAAGACCUGGAUCCCGAACAGGAAGCACGGCGCCAGCGACAGCACAAGGAAGCCUACGAAGAGGACGAGGACCACUUCCAUCCGCGUGGUGGUGUGCAGUGCCAGACGCACUAGUGUGGGACUCUUUCUUGUGGACAGCCUUUUUAAAGACUCCCUAUGGCAACAUGUUCGUCGUGAAAGUGUCGUGCGCGAAGCAGCAUAGGUUCAUUUCAGAUGCACACCAGCUUUCCCAUCCCCCCCUCCCUCUCUAGCUUUUUUUACUUUUUUUUUUCUGAAUGGUCCCGGCACUAGAGCUAGUUGUAUAUAUUUAGCUUGCAGCGCUCCUGUCGUGAACCAAACUAUUUAUUUGGACUUGUGGAAUUAUGUAGGCUGCUGCCUUGAAAUCCGCCUGUACAGGGCUUCAUGUAUUUUUUUUUACUUUUUUUUAACUGGAAGAGUUGUUAUAUACAUUGUACUAAAACAUGCAUAAAAAAAACAUUGUUGUGCCUAUCUUUUUUUUCCCCUUCAUGCACAUUUGUUUAUUGCCCAUUGUUAAUUAAAGAUAUGCACCUGC